AUAAAAAUUUGUUUUCUCCCUUGUUCUUUAUAUGAAAAAAAAAUCUUUUUAUGUUUUUAGAGCUUCUCCGUGUGAAGCUGAACUUCAGGAAUUAGUGCAUCAAAUUGGUAUCAUGGUAAACAGAAAGCAAGUAGAAUGGGAAAGAAAGAUGAGAGCUUUGGAAGCAAAGAUGGAUAUCCAGGAUCAAGAAUUAGCAAGUGCCCAAAGCAAACUGGAUCAAAAAGGUCAAGAGGUGGGACUGCUUCAACAAGAAUUGGAAAACUUACAGAAAACUAAAAAUGAAAUGGCUCAGAGUUAUGAAACUCAGCUUCAAGCACUGAAAUCUCAAUUCUCAAAGUUGAUACAUAGUUACGAAAAGCUACAGUCACAUCAGUUAAAACCAAAAAAUCUCCAAAGUAGAGAAAAUUGUGAGGAAAACCUGGAGACAUCAUCUAACCCAAGGAAUUUAUACGUGAAACUUGAGAAGCAGACCCAAAAUUAUCAACAUCAAAUAUGCAAUAAGAAACAAAGCCAAGAAGAGCUAAUUACCUAUACCCAGCCCAAAAGUGAAAACUAUGAAAACGAUGAUUCAAUUAUUGAAAAACUAAAGGCAAUUGUGAAUGAAAUAGCAAGAAACAAGAAUAAACUGGUAGAGGAAAACAUGAAACUCCAUGAGGAUCUAAAAAUGUACCAAAAUCAGUGCCAGAACAUGGAGGCAGACAUCUCAGAAAUGAGAAAUGAGCUUCAGUCAAGGGAUGGUCUCUGGAGAAGGAUACAACUGGAAUGCCAAAAGUUGUAUACAGAAUUAUUGAAAAUCAAGGAGUAUAAAGAUAUGCGUGAAAUUCAAAUAAAGCAUCAGUCAUCUCCUGUUUAUCUUACUGAGCAACUAGAAACUAAAAAUGGUGAAUUACUGAUAUUUGCAGAAAGUCGAGAACACCAAGAAGAAGAGCUGAACAAGAAUCAGAUUUACUGCACAGCAUUUUUUCUUUUUGAAAUGUAUUUGCUACAGAUAAGAAACCAUGUUUAUCGAGAGGAGCGGUCCCAUUGCUCUGAGCAGGAAAGAAUGAAGACAGAAAUCUCUGACCUGACAGAGGAGCUUCAUCAGAAAGAGAUCACUAUAGCAACUAUCAUGGAGAAAGCUAGUCUUCUGGAAAGACAGUUAAAAAUGGAGCUAGAGACAAAACACAAAUUGUUAACAAAACAGCAGUUGUUGGAAUUCCAUUACCAAGCUAUCAAAUCUGAAAACACACAUCUAAAAGAAAUGGUGGAAAACCAGGAGUGUGAAAGUUGCAUGUGUAUAGAUUUAUGUAACAAAGAACAUGGAAAUUUCACAGCUUCUCUUCACAAAAUGAAACAUGAGAAUUUAAGACUACAAAAUAGCCUUGUUAAACCACAAAAUUACACAGAAACAUCGAUACUGGGUUGCAUGGAUACAUGUAGAGAAACAGAGCACAGCUACCAAACUCAUUCAAAGAUGCAAAAAAAGGAAGAGAGAUCCUUCCAAAAUAAAGAUUCAUGGGAAGUGGAAUGUCAACAGCCUGCUAUGCUCACUGCUGGUGGAUGCCACAGAAACUGCAGUUCUGCUUUGUAUGACCAAGGCAAUAUCACUGGUUCAAAAAGUGAUAGCGCUUUAUCUUCUCAUCCACUUCACAGAGGCCAUGAAAAGAAAACAGAUUAUAAAACUCCAUUACCACCAGUGGGGUGUCCUUUGGGCCUUCCUGGGCCAUUUCCUGCAGUGGGCAGAACAGGCAGCUUUCAGAGCCCUGCUUACAAUGCAGAAGAAAUCAAAUUAUUGUCUCCCCCUGAGAUGUCCUUCCUUUCAACAACAGAAAAGUUCCUUCAAGAGGAAGAGAAACAUGAAAGAGAAUUUGAAGAACGUUUAAAUUCACACCUUGAAGAGCUGCAAAGAUAUUCUGAAAAUACUCUAAAAAAAUAUGCCAGAAUGCAGCAAAGCAGGCAUACUUAAGCCAGUCACACAAUUAAGAAAAUCAAACCAAGUAAUCACCCAUGAGUUUCUUAGAACUAAAAUCUGCAACUAGCUGCUUAAUGUAUUUAGGCAUAUCGCCAAUAUCAUGUAUUUGUAACACCAAGUUUUCAAGAAAAUCAUCAUUCUCCUACAGAUUUAAGUAUAUUGUAACUUGAGUAUAUGACAAAAUAAACUCUGAACAUAUUCUGAAAGAUACAG